AUGGAUAGUAUUGUGGGUCCUUCACGUACAAGAAAAUUGAAGUUUGUAAUGAAUUAUGCUGAAAAUGACAGUGAUUUGGAAAGAGAAUUAUUCGCCGAAAGUGAUAGUGAUGAUAUUUAUUAUCCUGACUAUGAUGAAGAGCAGUUAUCGUCGGAGGAUGAUUGUCAGCCGUCAUUUUCUGUAACUGAUAUCAGUUUACCUGUACAAAAACUGCCACGGUCCUCACCCUCGCAAUCGCCACCUCAUCAUCAAGAUGAUGAUCAGACACCUGAUAAACCCUCUGCUGAAGAGUCUACUUCUCACUGGACUUCUGAAGGCCAAAACAAACUGAAUCUGUAUGAUUAUCGUAUAAGAGUAAUAAGUUCCUUGCUGCCACAAAAACCAUCCGAACCGCUGCCAAUUUCAACAGCAGGUGGAUCAUCAUCACAGCAUUGGAUUGCAAAAAUCACGGACUUGACGAAAAAGGGUAGAGUACAGAGAAAGAUUUGUCGUCAAUGCUACAAAAAUAAGAAGCGUACCGAUUCCCCAUGGCACUGCAUAAAAUGUGAGAAUAAGCCCGGGCUUUGUAUCGAAUGUUUUGACAACUAUCACAGGGGCAUUGGAAAUUGA